AUGGGGAUGUUCUCCAUGGUAUUUAAUGGCCAAGAGACGGAGAUGAAAUUCCGACUAGUACACAGGCUGCUGACGGAGCGGAACUACACGGUGGUAAUGGCGGAUCCACAAGCUGGCCGGAAUGUUAAAGGAGACUCUGUGAGGUACCUGGGUCAGCUCAAGGAAAACGAAGGAGUUCUGCUCGCCGUGUGCUCGCCAGAGUAUGCAGAAGAUCAACUCGAAGAAACCAAAUAUGAGGAGGUCAAGUUCGCAUUCGACAACGACCUCGAGAUCGUGCCGCUGAGGGUUUCUGACACAUACCUGCCGGAGCGCCCAGAUCCCCGCUACGCGACCGUCGGGAAAAGCUCGAUGGUGGAUCUCCUUCGCUCGGCAAUCCCCCGAUGGGCCGUGGAUGUGGAUUGUCGAAGACUUGAUGAGGGCGAGAUCGCUUCCCGCAUCGCGAAGAGGCUGUGGGAGCCUUGA